GUCGCUUGAUGCGCUGUGUGCGUUGUCCGGUCGCUUAUCACUCCAACGACUUCUGCCUCGCUGCUGGCUCUGUGGUCCUUGCCUCCAACAGCAUCAUCUGCCCCAACCACUUCACUGCUCGGAGGGGCUGCCGCAACCACGAGCACGUCAACGUCAGCUGGUGCUUUGUCUGCUCAGAAGGGGGCAGCCUUUUAUGCUGCGAGUCGUGCCCAGCUGCAUUUCACCGUGAGUGUCUAAACAUUGAGAUGCCAGAGGGAAGCUGGUAUUGUAAUGAUUGCAAGGCAGGCAAAAAGCCACACUACAAAGAAGUAGUCUGGGUGAAAGUUGGGCGCUACAGGUGGUGGCCAGCUGAGAUUUGCCAUCCUAGGACAAUUCCUGUCAACAUCCAAAAAAUGAAACAUGACAUUGGUGAGUUCCCUGUGCUGUUCUUCGGCUCCAAGGAUUACCUAUGGACCCACCAGGCUCGUGUGUUCCCUUACAUGGAAGGUGAUGUCAGCAGCAAAGACAAAAUGGGGAAAGGCGUGGAUGGCAUAUACAAGAAAGCUCUCCAGGAAGCUGCUGUGAGAUUUGAGGAGUUGAAGGCACAGAAAGAACUGAGACAGCUUCAGGAAGACAAAAAGAAUGACAAGAAACCUCCUCCCUACAAACAUAUCAAGGUGAACCGACCCGUGGGGAAGGUGCAGAUCUUCACUGCAGACCUGUCUGAGAUACCACGGUGCAACUGCAAACCCACGGAUGAAAACCCCUGUGGCCUGGACUCCGAGUGCAUCAACCGCAUGUUGCUCUACGAGUGCCACCCCAUGGUGUGUCCCGCUGGGGAGCGCUGCCAGAACCAGUGCUUCUCCAAGCGCCAGUACCCCGAGGUGCAGAUCUUCCGCACGCUGGCACGAGGCUGGGGCUUGCAGGCCAAAACUGACAUCAGGAAGGGUGAAUUUGUUAAUGAGUAUGUGGGGGAGCUGAUUGAUGAAGAGGAGUGCCGAGCCCGAAUCCGCUAUGCUCAGGAACAUGACAUUACCAAUUUCUACAUGUUGACACUGGAUAAGGAUCGAAUCAUUGAUGCUGGGCCCAAGGGCAACUACGCUCGGUUCAUGAACCACUGCUGCCAGCCCAACUGUGAGACACAGAAGUGGUGUGUGAACGGCGAUACUCGCGUCGGGCUCUUCGCUCUUGUAAAUAUCAAAGCUGGGACUGAGCUGACUUUCAACUACAAUCUGGAGUGUUUGGGAAAUGGAAAGACCGUUUGUAAGUGUGGAGCCCCGAAUUGCAGUGGCUUCCUAGGAGUAAGGCCAAAGAGCCAGCCCAGCCUCACGGAGGAGAAGUCCAAGAAGCUCAAGAGGCGGCCGCAGAUGAAGCGCAGGUCGCAGGCAGAGGUGAUGAAGGAGAGAGAGGAUGAGUGUUUCAGCUGCGGGGAUGGAGGGCAGCUGGUUUCUUGUAAGAAGUCAGGUUGCCCCAAGGUGUACCAUGCAGACUGCCUCAACCUGACCAAGAGACCUGCAGGGAAAUGGGAGUGCCCAUGGCAUCAGUGUGAUGUGUGUGGUAAGGAAGCAGCUUCGUUCUGUGAGAUGUGCCCCAGGUCCUUCUGCAAGCAGCACAGGGAAGGCAUGCUCUUCAUCUCUAAGCUGGAUGGACGUUUAUGCUGUACAGAGCACGAUCCCUGUGGGCCUCAUCCUCUGGAGCCAGGAGAAAUUCGUGAGUAUGUGCCUCGCAUAGAAGCUCUGACUAAUGGUGAGGACACGCAGCCACCGGAGCAGCUGCCUACAGACACAGACCUGAGUGUUCAGCCCCUGGACAGCCCACCUCAGUCUGUGGCCCUCAGACUGGAGUCACCAGAAAAGCCCCCCACUACCCUAGCACUGAGGCUGCCAUCAUCAGACAAGCCCUCCACCACCCUUGCCCUGAGGCUGCAGCCGUCAAACAAGCCCCCCACCACCCUGGCCCUCAGGCUGCCUUCACCAGACAAACCACCUGCCACCCUGGCUCUGAGACUGCCACCGUCAAAUAAACCCCCUGCCACCCUGUCACUGAGGCUGAAGCCAUCCAACAAACCCUCCACCACCCUCUCGCUCCGGCUGCAGCCUUCAGACAAACCUCCCACCACCCUGUCGCUCCGCCUGCAGCCCUCAGACAAGCCCCAGGCUGCCCUGUCCCUGAGGCUGCAGGCAGAGAAGCAGCCCAUCAUCGUCGCGCUGCGGCCUCAGCAGCCCGACAAACCUCCCUCCAACGCGGUGCUCUGGCCACUGGAUGAGUCCUCCAGUGACACCUCGCAGCCUCAGCUGCCGAGCAAAUCUCCUCCGGGAAGUCCAGAAACUCCAGAGUUGUUGGAGGAGUCGCUUGUUACUGCCGGUGCCCUGCAGCUCCAGCUGUCAGACGAGCCUCCCACUACCUCCGGGGUGUUGGCGUUAUCAGAUAAGUCCCUCCUAGACACCAGGACCCAGCAGCCUGAGCUGCUGGAUGAGUUCCCCACGAAAUGCUUGCAUCCUCCACUGUCUGACAGACUUCUUGCCACGGUGGGGACGCUGCAGUCCCAGCCAGUGGAUGAGCCUCCCGAGGCUGAGCAGCUUCAACCGCUGGACGAUGCUUCUGCCCGGAGUCCGCAGCCGCAGUCUGAGGAAGAGGCUCCCAGCUCUGAGGAGCAGCAGGUCUCAGCAUUGGAGGUGGCUUCCAGUCCUGAGGUGCUGUGGCCUCUGCCCAUUGAAAAAGUCCCCGACUCCCCGGUCCCACGGAUCCUGCCUGCAGAGAAGGCUCCUGGAUUGGCAGUGCCACCACCUCUGCCUGCAGAGAAGGCUCCUGGAUGGGCAGUGCCACCGCCUCCAGAGGCUUCCUUCUCUGGGGCAGUGCGGGUCCCAGCCACAGAGAAGGCUCCCAGCUCUGGGGCACCCCGUCCCCUGCCUCCGGAGAAGGCUCCUGCCUCGGGUAUGCCACGGAUCCUGCCCACAGAGAAGGCUCCCAGCUUAGGGACACCGUGGCCUCUGUCUCCAGAGAAGGCCCCUGGCUCCCGGUCACCGCAUGUCCUGCCCGUGGAGAAGCCUCUGAGCUCUGGGGCCCUGCGGGUCCCACUUGCACAGAAGGCACUCCCCACUGGGGUGCUACGACCACUGCCUCCGGAGAAGGCUACCGACUCCGGGGCCCUGCGGGUCCUGCCUCUGGAAAAGGCUCUCAGCCCCGGGGUGUCUCUGCCUCAGCUCCUGGAGAGGCCUCUGGCUCUUACAGCCCCGUGGCCUCAGGCGUCGGACAAGUUGGCUGCUGCCGUGGCUCCUCGGCCCCAAGCCUUGGACAAGCCUCUGGCUGCCUCAGCUCCCAGGCCGGUGCUGCCAGCCGUGGAGCUGAGUCCCCAGCAGAAAGAGAGGACCAUGUUAGCUGGGGAGCAAAUCUCUUGGUCUGCUGGGAAGGUAGUGACACAUGUUGGACAAGUACCUUGGCCUACAGAGAAACUACAGACGCACGAGCAAAGCCACUGGCCUACCGCGAAAGCCCUGACGCCUGCAGAGCAGCCUUCCCGGACAGCAGAGAAACUACCAGAGCCAACCCUUCAGCCCAGCUGGGAAGUGGCCUCAGCCCCUGCAGAGCAGACCCCAUGGACAUCAGAGAGAUUGUGUACGUUCGAGCAGACCCCUCGGCCGGCCAGGGAAGCGCCGGUGCCCCCGGAGCAGAUGCAGUGGCUUAUCACGAACGUUCAGACACUUGAUCAGAUUUCUUGGCUGAGUGGAAAAGCACACACUCCUCGGGGGCAGGACCCUUUGCCUGAACAAAACACAACGCUAGCCCGUAACCAGGAUUCUGUCUGUCAUGAGUUGGCCGACUCAGAGCCAAAGUGA